GAAAGGUUGAUUUCAUAAUUAAUCACACCCUAAAUUUACUAAUUUGCAGGAAAUGGAAUAUGAAUUUGCAGAACAUUUAGUUUUAAUUAAUAGAGAGGGGGUAUAUUUCAAUAAAUGCUCCAUAGUAAUCAGUAGAAAAUUUAAUUAGGAAAAUUGUUUAAUGAGACUAAUACUGCUUGCUUCUCUUUGAGCCUGUCAUAAGGUUCGAUAGAAAAUAGAAUUACUAAAACUGGUGUGGCUUCAGGAAAGUUAUAUGAUUAAUUGUUUGUUUUAUUCAAAAUUGCAGAAUGGUGUGAAAUCUUGAAAAGUUAGAGAAGUGGCACUUUAAAAAUCACAAAUCUUCAUAGCAUUAAACAUUAUCCCCAAUAAUUGAAUUUGUAGGGAUAACAGAAUCUGGUUUGCAAAAGUUUAUCUAAAAGAAAUUUAUCAAUUUCAAGAUGAAUC